UUCAAGACAGAGAGAGAGAGAGAUCAUCAAGACAUUGAGAGAUCAUCAAUACAGAGAGAAAGAGAGAGAUUAUCAAUACCGACAGGGGGAUCUUCAAGACAGAGAUAAAGCUCUUCAAGACAGAGAGGGAGAUCAUCAAGACAGAGAGGGAGAAGGGAUUAUAUUUUCAUAGCUUUUACUCAGAGUGCUGGCCAGAGCUUGUACAGAGAGGAAGAGAGAGGAGAGAGUGACACAGACGGAGAUAGAGAGUGGAGUGAAGAUUUUAAUCCUCUUGGCAUGCGAGUGUGUCCCUGGCUGCUUGGAAUGUGUUGCAGCUAACCCGGGGGCCAGGACGGAAGGAACAACUCUCACCAUGCUGGGGAAGGAUUACAUGCUCGCCAUCAUCAUAGUCAAUUAUGACGACAACAUUUGGAACGACCCAAGCCUUGACUUGGACUCUGACCUACCGUCAGGGUGGCGCACCAUCCGGGACAGCACCGGCACCUAUUACUGGCACGUGGCCACUGGCGCCACCCAAUGGCAGCACCCGUCCUACAGCACCGAGGAGGACCAGAACUCCAUCAAUGGCAUCACUGCCGCGGACAUCAAGAGCCUGGAGGCUGGGGGCAGACGUGAAUCAAGGGCAAGGCUGACAGAGAGCCCAUUGGCCUCCAUAAAUGACAGGGUUUCCUGGCAGGACGAUUAUUUCUGCACCAACAUGGAUCCUGACUCCAAGUGUUUUGCAGUGCGCUCCCUGGGCUGGGUGGAGAUCCAGAGGAGGAGCUGAUCCCGGGGAAGAGCAGUCUGGCUGUCAAUAACUGCAUCCAGCAGCUGUCCAGCAGCAAGGCAGAGGGCCGC